AUGCGGUGCGUGCCGGGUGUCAUCCCGUACGCCAUAGGCAGCCGGUCUUACGAGCGAGCCGCGCAGUUCGCUAAGGAGGUCGGCAUGGCUGACGACGCCGCGAUUUACGGCAGCUACGCUGACGUCAUCGCGGAUCCGUUAGUAGACGCCGUUUAUAUCCCGCUGCCGACUGGGCUCCACGUGGAGUGGGUGGUGAAAGCCGCGAAUCACGGAAAGCAUAUUCUGCUAGAGAAGCCCGUGUCGCUGAAUGUGGAUGAUCUGAAUACCAUGAUCGCAGCCGUCGAUUCGGCGGGGGUUCAGAUCAUGGACGGCACGAUGUGGAUGCACAACCCACGGGCAGCCGAAAUGAAAGCGGCCAUGCAGGACAGAGAAUCUUUCGGGCAGCUCAUGCGCGUGACGUCAAAUUUCUUCUUCCCAGCAUCAGAGGAAUUCAUGAAGAGAGACAUUCGGCUGAAGAAGGAUCUAGACGGAUUGGGGUGUUUGGGAGACAUAGGGUG